UCAUAGUGUGGGUAACAAAGAUCGCUCCUUUUCACCUGAACCCAGAAUAGAUUUGAGUUGUAUAAAUGAAUUAGAUGAUGCUUUUUUCUUGUUUCGUCAAAUGGUAAGAAUGCAGCCACAGCCUUCCGUUUUUGAAUUCACCAAACUACUGCAAGUUAUUUUCAAGAUGAAGCAUAUUCGGAUGCCCUUAAACUGUUCGACGAAAUGCGUCAAUCGGCUGCCCCUAUGAACGAGUACACGAUGAACAUCUUGAUUAAUUGCUGUUGCCUUUUGAAACGCGUAGACGUUGGUUUUGCUGUGUUCGGCAUCUUCUUUAAACAGGGCUACAACGCAAAUGUUGUGACAUUCACCACUCUACUAAAAGGUCUCUUUUUCGAUGGUAAGGUGGCCGAGGCGGAGAAAUUGUUUAAGCAACUUUUGAGUUUGAGACUUUGUGAGCCCAAUGAUUUUACAAUUGUUACUGUGAUAAACGGGCUCUGCAAAAAUGGACACGUUCUUGCUGCGCAUGAUUUGCUUUGCUUAUUGGAAAAGACUAUUUAUAAACCCAAUGUUAUGGCUUAUAGCGCGGUGAUUAAUGGCUUAUGCAAGACUGGAAUGGUGGAUAAUGCACUCGAGCUGAAGUCUAGAAUGAUUGAUAAGGGCAUUUCACCUGACGUUGUCACAUAUAACUCGAUGAUUCAGGGCUUGUGCGAUUUUGGUAGAUGGAAAGAGGUGAAGGAUUUAUUAAAUGAAAUGGUGAAUCACAAGAUUUCUUUAACUGUUGUUACUUUUACUGUAUUGGUGGACGCAUUUUGCAAGGAAGGAAAUGUUAAAGAGGCUCGGGAGGUAUUGGAAAUUAUGAAGCAACAAAAUAUUAGUCCCGAUAUUGUCACUUACAAUGCGUUGAUAGAUGGGUAUUGUUUGCAAGGGAAAAUGGAUAAAGCGAAAGAGGUAUUUGAUUCUAUAGCGAGCAGCGGCCUUAAGCCGAGUAUUAUCAGCUAUAACUCUUUAAUGAACGGGUAUUGCAAGAACGGAAAAGUUGAUGAAGCUUGGCGACUUUUUCUCGAAGCUUCUUCGAAAGGCUUAGAGAACACGACAGUUACGUAUAGCACCAUGAUACAUGGAUUAUUAACUGAAGGCCGAAAUGCUGAUGGAUGGAAACUUUUCAAUGAUAUGGAGACUCGGAAAGUGCAUCCUAAUUUAUUUACUUACAAUAUUUUGUUGGAUGGCUUGUGCAAGACUCAUCAGAUUUCUGAAGCAUUUUCAUUUCUACGGGCGAUGGAAGAUAAAGGAGCAAGUCCUGAUAUAAUCACGUAUCGUAUCCUGAUUAACGGUUUGUGCAGGGAUGGGAAACUUGAAGAUGCAAAACAUCUUUUAAACGAACUUCCUUCGAAAGGUUUGCAACCUGAUUGUCAAGCGUAUACCAUUGUUGUUGGUUCACUUUGUCAUGAAGGAUUUGUAGACGAGGCAAAAAAUUUGCUUGUGAAAAUGAAGAGAAGCGGUUGUGCACCGAAUAGCGUGACAUACAACAACAUAAUCCAAGGUUUGCUAAAGAGGAAAGAGGUUUACAAGGCAAUGCCAUUCUUAGAGGAAAUGUACAAAAGGGGAUUCUCGGCCAACGCAGCUACUUCGUCCAUGUUAAUUAAUCACCUUCAAGGAUCCAAGAAAGAUGUUGUUCUUCUGAAAAUGAUGAAGAAAGUUGUGCCAAAAAUAUAAAUUAUUUAUUUGAGCUUCUGUAAUAACACAGUUUUGCGAUGACUUGGUACGAUUUUUUGCGAUGUGUUUCCGAUUGAAGUGUG